AUGUCUACAAAUGGAAUAAGUGCAGCUCUAAAGCUCCAGUUUGGACUUAUUAAUUACGAAAAUCGAUACCUAACUGCAGAGGCGUUUGGUUUCAAGAUCAAUGCAUCUGGAAACAGCAUGAAGAAGAAACAGAUCUGGACUCUGGAGCAGGACCCGGACAGCCAGGUGGUUUUCUUGCGCAGUCACCUCGGACGUUACCUAUCGUCCGAUAAAGAUGGCAAGGUAAGAUGCGAAGAGGAAGUGCCGAACACAGAUUGCCGCUUCUUGAUUGUGAUGCAGUCCGAUGGACGCUGGGCCUUGCAGUCUGAGCCAUACUCACGUUAUUUUGGAGGCUCUGCAGAAUAUCUUUCCUGUUUCGCCCAGACCAUUGGAGAGUCUGAGCUGUGGGCCUUGCACCUGGCUCUUCACCCACAGGCCAACCUGCUAAGUGUAGCUCGCAAGCGCUAUGCUCACCUGUCCACCCAAGAAGAUGAGAUCUCCAUGGACAGCAACAUCCCCUGGGGUGUGGACUCGCUGAUCACCUUGGUUUACCUGGAUGGCAAGUACAGUCUGAAGACUUGUGACAACCGCUUUCUUAGGAAUGAUGGCAAGCUGGUGAUGGAGCACGGCCCUAACUCCAGCUUCACCCUGGAGCUCAAGUCUGGAAAGCUGGCCUUUAAAGACUGUGAAGGCAAGUACCUCUCGCCGAAUGGCCCCACGGGCACCCUGAGAUCAGGCCGCUGUACGAGACCAGGGAAAGAUGAGCUGUUUGAUCUGGAGGAGAGCCACCCACAAGUUGUUUUCCAGGCAGCCAACAAAAGAUAUGUGUCAAUCCGUCAAGGAGUUUGCAUCUCAGCUAAUCAGGACGAUGAGACAGACAUGGAGACGUUUCAGAUGGAGAUCGACAAAGAGACGAAGAAGUGCAUGUUCAGAACCAACGGUGGAAACUACUGGACACUCGUAACUCAUGGAGGGAUUCUGUCCUCAGCCACUGAAAUAGAAGAAAACACCAUGUUCGACAUUGAGUGGUUGGGUCGACGAGUCGCUCUGAGGGCAAGCAAUGGCAAAUAUGUGUGCACUAAGAAAAAUGGCCAGCUGGCUGCAGUGAGCGACUCUUUGGGUGAAUACAAACACAUUAAUCAAUAUCAGAUACACACACACAACAGGAGGCAGAUCAUAACGCUGAUGUCUUCGACAGGAGAGGAUGAGCAGUUUGUGCUGAAGCUUAUCAAUCGUCCCAUCCUGGUCUUGCGUGGAGAAAAUGGCUUCGUGUGUCACCACAAAAACUCCAACACCCUGCACGGCAGCCGCUCCUUUUAUGACAUCUUCACACUGCUUUUCAGCGAUGGCGGAUACCAAAUUAAAAGUGGAAAUCAGAAGUUCUGGUACGUCUCCAGCAGCGGUCUGGUGUGCACAGAUGGGGACAAGCCUGAAGAUUUCUUCUUUGAGUUUGUGGAGUAUGGACGGGUUGGCAUCAAGGCCCAGAACGGCAAGUACCUGCGUGGUGACCAAGGUGGAACGCUAAUGGGGGACGGGCUGAGUGUGAACGCCUCAUCCUUGUGGGAGCACUGA